UACAACUUAGAACUUUUUUGUGCUUUCGCGAGCAGUUGACGAGCUGCCAUCACGCUAAGCGGACGCGUAACGGUACGGCUCCCAUUUUAUAGUUUAGCAGGCCUAAACAAAAUAUAUAUAAACUAAAGUGAAAAAAAUCUGAUUCCUGAGUAACAGUGAUUCAAACUAUUCUAAAAUCCACAACCAAAGUAAAAGUUAUGUGAUAGACGUGUGAAAGUACCUGGCUUGUGCGUUUUGUUUUUGGAGCGCGAAUUUUCGUGCGUGUGUUCAUGUGUUUGUGCGCAGGACAUAAAAGCUUCGCUUUGCAUCCUAUUUUGUUGAUAUACGCAGUCCUUGCAAGGUCAUCCAACAGCUGGCAGUUCCUCAACUCGUCUAAGCAUAGAAACCAAAACAAUUUUUUAUAAAAGGAAUUUUUUGAAUAUUUAUUCAAGCGCCGCUACCCUCCAAAACAUUGUAUAUAUUUAGUAAUAAAAACAAAUAAAUAAAAAUACAAAAUAUAUAAGCCCAACAAGACAGCACAGAACAACCAACAAGAUGUCUUCCAUGGCUGCUUUCGAUCAGUUCAAAAUCGGACUCAAAAUGGUUGACUUUAAGGUCCAACAACGUCGCUACAGGACCAGUGAAAAGACUGUUGUCAGCACCACCUACGGCCCCAUCAAGGGCGUCAAACGGAAGUCCAUCUACGGUCAGUCGUACUUCAGUUUUGAGCGGAUCCCCUUCGCCAAGCCUCCCGUCGGGGAACUACGCUACAAGGCCCCUCAGCCUCCGGAGGUUUGGACGGAAGUCAAGAGCUGUACCUCCCAGGGCCCCAAGCCGCUACAGAAGCAUUUCGUGUUCGAGAUGACCGACGGAUCCGAGGACUGUCUCUACCUCAACGUUUACACAAAGAAUUUAUAUCCCACCAAACCCAUGCCUGUGAUGGUCUGGAUUUACGGAGGCGGAUUUAGGUUUGGCGAGGCAUCUCGUGAAUGCUACAGUCCAGACUAUUUGCUGCGAGAGGAUGUGGUGGUUAUUUCAAUCAACUAUAGAUUGGGGCCGUUGGGAUUCCUGUGCAUCGAUGAUCCGGAGUUCGAUGUGCCCGGAAACGCGGGUCUCAAGGAUCAGGUCUUGGCCCUGCGCUGGGUCAAGGCCAACUGCUCCCGCUUUGGCGGAGACUCUGGGAACAUAACCAUUUUUGGAGACAGUGCUGGCAGUGCUUCAGUGCACUACAUGAUGAUCACCGAGCAAACACGUGGACUCUUCCACAAGGCGAUCUGCAUGUCGGGCAACACGCUGUCUCCAUGGGCCGUGACUCCUCAGAGAAAUUGGCCCUAUCGUCUGGCUGUCCAGGCGGGCUACACCGGCGAAAAUAAUGUACGCGAUGUGUGGGAGUUUUUGAACAACGCCAAGGGAUCGGACAUUAUAAAGGCUAACGGCGAACUGUGCAUCGACGAGGAGAAAAAGGAACGAAUUGGCUUUUCUUUCGGGCCAGUAAUCGAGCCCUAUGUGACCAGUCACUGUGUAGUGCCAAAGAAACCUAUCGAAAUGAUGCGCACCGCCUGGAGCAACAGUAUCCCGCUGAUCCUCGGCGGCGUUUCCAAUGAGGGCCUACUGUUGUAUUCCGAGACCAAGGCGAACCCCAAGUGUCUGAAUGAACUGGACGACUGCAGAUUUGUGGUUCCCAUUGAGUUGAAUAUGGACAGAGACAGUGCGCUGUGCCGGGAGUACGGGGAGCAGCUGAGGCAGUGCUACUACGGCGACAAAACACCCAGUCUAGACACAUUGCAUGAGUACCUCCAGAUGGUCUCUCACGAGUACUUCUGGUUCCCGAUCUACCGCACAGUAUUGUCCCGCUUGCAGUACGCCACAGGUGCCCCGACGUACCUAUACCGCUUCGACUUCGACUCGAAGCACUUCAACCACCUGCGCAUCCUCAGCUGUGGCAAGAAGGUGCGCGGCACGUGCCAUGGCGACGAUCUCUCAUACUUGUUCUACAAUUCGCUGGCGCGUAAACUGAAGAACCACACGCGGGAGUACAAGUGCAUUGAGCGGUUAGUGGGCCUGUGGACGCACUUUGCCACCUGCGGGAACCCCAAUUUUGAUCCGGAACAGGCAGACCUGUGGCAGCCCGUGGACGCAGCGGCCAUCGAAAAGCACCAGCUUAAGUGCCUUAACAUAUCCGACGAGCUGAAGGUGAUCGACGUGCCAGACAUGCGGAAGUUGAUGGUCUGGGAGAGUUUCUUCCGUCGCGACGAGCUACUAUAGGGAUAUGCUGUAGGAUUUGGAGUAUCUCCAUCUAGAUAGGACCUGUAGCUUUACCUAAUCCUGGGUGGAUUGUCUUUGCUAGCCGAAAAGAGUAGGGGCAUACAUAUUUGGAUGCAUUAUUUAAAAAGGGAUUCAAGUAUCCCGAUCGAAUGAAUGUAAGUGUUCGCCAUUGAAAAUUUGUAAAAUUGGUGGCAGCCAUCUUUUGGAUCCACCCUGGAAGUGUAGUUUUUGACAGCUUUAUGUUUGAGCCUUUUUUGAAAGCGUAGCUUUAGGCCUAAAAUCGAAAAGAAAUCUAUUGUUGUUAAGUUUUUCAACGUCGAGAACUCUAUUAGGUGUGUUAAAGUUCAUCCGCUUCUAUCUAUAUCGUACCAGAUCGGAUCUAUAGUCUA